CGUAAAGCUCGACCUGGAGUGUGUUGUCUCGCCUCCUCCUGCCUUUUUUUAGGGAUUUUCGGGCAUUUGUUGAAGAGUAUAUAAACAUGAGAAGUUAGUGAACUGAAAAUAGAGCUUGCUCACUAAAGGGAAAGACAGAGUAAUGUACAAUUUAUGUAAAAGAGAUGCAAUGGAAGAUAUGAUUUUUAUUGAGAGAGAGGGCUGUUUCCCAGGCAUUGUAGGAAGAAACAGUUACCUGUGAGGAAUGUGUAGAAGUUCAGGCAGGAUGGAGCAGAAUCUUUUUCUUGUUCCAGGUAUGAGUGUUCCUACUUGAUAUGGCCAGUGCCAAGAGCUACAUGACUGAAAGGGAACACCUCUGACUUUUUAAAGUAAAGUGCACAAAGAAUUCCUAAGAUCAGUGUGUUUGAGGCAGAUAUCCCAUGUGUGGGGUGGCACGGGACACGGUCGGCGAGAGUGACUUUGUGCCCCCAUUGGAGGCAGCCAUGCCCCCAUCCAUCACUUUGGGGUCUGAGCCUCCCAAGCCAGCGUCGGGGCCUGGGGAACACCCACCUCUGCAGCAGCCUCCAGCCAAUAAGGACAUCCCCACCAUUGACCUCUCUUGCGACGAAAAUGAUGACCUCCAGAAAGCUAUUGCACUUAGUCUCCAGGACCAGCAGGAGACUCCAACGCUUCAGGGAAUCUCAGCCGAGGACCAGGAGGUGUCCAGGGCUUUGGAGGCAAGCCUUAAGGACUCCCAACCCCAGGCCACCAUAGACCUGCUCAAUCCAAGGGAGCGUAAGAGGCAGCCAGGAGUUCCUGUAGGCUUGAAGAACAUAGGUAAUUCGUGUUGGUUUAAUGUCAUAAUUCAGCCUCUCUUCCAUAUCCCUGCAUUCCGUGAUAUGAUCCUUAACUUCUCCCAAGAUGUGGACAUCGAUGAACAGAUGGAGGAGACACAGAAGUCCUCAAGGCAGCUUGUUCCAGCACUAAGAAAGUUAUUUGCGCUUAUGAUUGGUUCCAACAGGAAGUACAUUGAUCCUAGUCAUGCAGUUCACAUAUUUCAGGGACAGGAAAUGCGGAAAAAUGCCCAGCAAGAUGUUUGUGAAUUUACACAUAAGCUUCUUGAACGGUUAGAGGAGGAAUACCAGCAGCUUCUUAGAAGGCAAGGUGUAGAGAAGGAGAGUUCUGGAUGUCAUGUUUCAAAAGAUGCAGAUUUUGAUAAUCCAAUUAUGAAACUUUUUUAUGGUCAGUCAAAGAAAGAGGCAAAUGAAGAUGAGGAUGGACCUAAGCUUGAGGCCUUUGGACAGUAUCCUCUUCAUGUGAUGAAAUAUGAGGAUAUUCAUGAGAGCAUCCUUGCCUCCAUGUCAACCAGCAUGCCGAACAUGACAGGAGAGACUGUGGAACCAGUGCAGCAAGAAACUUGGUUCAAGAUGCUUCCUCCUGUCUUAAUAUUCUCUCUCUCUAGGUAUGAAUAUUCACUUGAAAAGAAGAGAGCAGAAAAAGUGCACAACAAAUUUGAGUUUCCAGAGUUCCUAUAUAUGGACCGUUACAUGGAAAUCAACAAAAAGCUAAUAAAAGAGAAACACAUAAAAGUUGCAAAGAUAAAGGGUGAACUAAACAGCCUAACAGCAACGCUUGAUAGAUACCUAAAGUAUGGGAAGGGGGACGCAAAGUACCCAAUUGGAGAUAUUCUCAAGUACACUCUGGACUUUGCUCAGACAGGGCUAAACCCAAGUCAGGAAGUAGAAUCAAAUAAUGUUCUCUCUCCUUCUAUCAUGGAGGUGGAUGGCAUUGAAAGUUGUGAAAAUGAUGUGGAAAUGACUGAAGAUCCAGAGAUUAAAAGAGUUCAGGAAAAAACUGUUCUUGAUAGAGAAAAUGAGAAGAUUGAGGACAGAGGAGAGGAACUAGAAAAUAGUGAAGUUAUUAAAUCUGAGGAUAUUGAAAACAACUUGUCAGUCAAAGAAGAUUCUAUUCAAGAGGGACAGACUGAGAAGGAAGAGAUCAUGACCAACUGUGUGGAAGAAGGCAAUCCCAGACCCAUAGAUGAUGAGCCUCAGCAGCUCCCGUCUCCUUCUAAGCGGAUGCGGAUACUUCCUCCUGCCCCAAGAAAUAUUACCCCUUCAGAACUGAACAUCUUGCAGUCCUGUCUCUCUCGCUGGCUUCAGGACAUCAAUUCUCAAGUAGCUGAGCUGAAGAGAUGCAUCAGUGAACUUGAACAACAGCUGAGGCAAAUGUAUGAUGAGCCAUACCUAAAGAGAAUCCCAUAUAGACUGCAUGCUGUAGUGGUUCAUGAAGGUCAGGCAUCUGGGGGACAUUAUUGGGUGUACACAUUUAAUGGUGCAAGAAAAACGUGGGUAAAGUUUAAUGAUAUACAGGUUGUUGAUUCCAAUUGGGAGGAAUUGCUACAGGAUAGUGUAGGUGGUCAGAAUAAUGCUAGUGCAUACUGCCUUCUUUAUAUCGAUGAGAGCCGCUACAAUGUGCUGUUCCCACAGCCUCCAGAGAGCAUGGAGAAUAUGCUAGCAAACCUAGCAAUUGAUUUACAGGAAUAUUUAAAGAAUGAUAACAUGGCAUUUGCAAAAGAAUUAGAGGAGUGGGACUUGAAGAAUGAAAAGGUGGAACAGGGAAAAGUUGCUGUUAGACCUCACCAGGAACAGCAAGGUACAACUGGUACUUGGGACAAUAGCAUGGCUCUAGCACCCACGACAGCACCCAAUUCCCCAGAUGUGAUCUGUGUUGAGGAUCCUGAGGAGGCCAGCUUUUUCACUGAUGUGCAGACAAUGCUCUCACAGACUGUGCUAGAUGCUUUAAAGAAAAAAGAUGAUAUUUCUUUGCAGAAAGAUCAUGGAAACAUUUUGACUCACAUUUUACGAAAUGAAUUUUUACGACUGCAGAGUUUUGCAGAUGUUAAUGCUGAUAGUAGUCCCUAUGGUGAACCAUCAAUUUUAGACUUUGGUGUAUAUCUCAUAAGAAAUAACCAAAGUGUAGAGCCUCUACUUCAUUGGUAUGGUUGUGAGGUUGUUUGGCAAGUAGCCCAAAGCUGUAGUGAAAGAACCCCACUUAUAGAACGUGUGGCAAUGGAGGCAGCACAGCGGCUACACCAACUCCGAGAGCAGCACCAGCGUACAGCAGGAGCUGAAUAUAGGGGUUGGAGACGCCACUAUCGCACUUUGAUCAACUGUGCCUGGCAUUUAGUAUAUGGUCAUAGGCAAUAUGAGAAAGGUUGCCUGGAACGUGCCUUGCCACUUUUACUUCAGGCUUGCAAAAUUCACACAGAUUUAGCUGAACGGCCACCCGCAGGCACAAGGAAGACCUUAGACAGACAAGUACUCUGGCAGUGUCGCCGUGCUUGUUUGUUGUCCCUGAAUAGACAGCUUGUAGAAACCUUUCUAAAUGGGGAGGGUGAACAAUUAAGUGAUAUUCCAAUUAGCGUUUCAACAUUAGUGGUUCCUGCUAUAUCGCAGCUCUCUUCAGAGAAGGAAGAUAGUUCUACUGCAGCAGAAGUCCGAGCUCAAUGGUGCUCGCUGUUGGAGCGGCAGCCAGGUUCCCCAGUCAAAUCUAAAAUGAUUGAACAGAUUUUGGAGGGAGUCUUGAGUGGUGGAGGGGAAACUAAAGGUGGACUGCCACUGCAGAUACCACGCCCGCCAGCGGUACUUCCACUUUAUAAGCAGUACAUGGAGGCUUGUAAUGCUAUCAUGUCUGCCUCAUCGAAGCCCAAGGCGCAGACUAGUGAUUUGUGAAACAGUUUUGUAAUAGUCCCGCAGGCAUCAUCACGCUUUUAAAAGUGAUAGGUAUAUGUGAUCAUUUGGAAAAAGCUUUAGGUAUGUAAAGAGUUAAUUGUCUUGCUGAAACUGUGAUAAACUUUUGACUUAGUGCCGAAUGUGAAAGCACCAUUUGAAAAGCUUCCUCGAAUUUAUUUAUUGAUUUAUUUUUUAUGAAUUUUAUGAUUUUUCUUUUUUCCUUUCUUGUUUAUUUCUGAAGAAGUUUAAUUACACAAAGUUUACUUAGCCAUGCAGGUCACAAGAUUUGUAGUAUAAGAAAGCUUUGUAUAUAGUGUAAAAAUUAUAAUGUGUAAGUGGGAUUAGGCCUCUCAUAUCUCCACUUUCAAUACCAACAAGAAAGUACAAUCAACUGUGACAGGAAUAGCAAUGUACGGUUCACACAAGUCCUCUUAUACCUCAUGUAUUAGAGGUUAUAACAACUGUUAAAAAGUGCAAGCAGGAGAGUUCAGAUUAAAUUUUUUUUUUUUUUUU